GGCAGGACGGCAGGAGGGGGCGUGGCGGUGAGAGGGACGGGGGGGGGGGCGGGGUCCAGGUGGCGGCGCGAGUGCCCGGGCGGCGCGUGGCAGUGCCCGCCUAACCCUUCCCUUGCCCGGUCCGCCGCCGCUGCCCACGCCCGACCUGACACACGGCCACGCCUCCCUCUCUGCCACCCACGCCUCCCUCCCUCCCUGUCCCGCGCCUGCACCAUCCUAGUCCCUUCACCCCGGGCGCCACAUAGAUCAGGCCGCCUCACCUGUGCUGCCAGCCGCGCCUACCUCACGUGUGUGUAUCGCGCCUCUCUGUCUGGGAACACGUGCACGCCUUAUCCCGCCCCUUGAAGCACCUCACGGCAGGCGUGUCCCUGGCGCCGGCGUGCCGCGCCUGAGCAUGGCGGCGAACGCUGCCUGGCGGGGAGCGGCGAACCUCUCCCGGCGGAGUGUUGCGCCACGCCAAGUGUGAGCACACGGGAGGCGAGGUCCUGUGAACGCCGCCACUAGCCGCGUCAAGCCCGCAUCCUCCCUCCAUUCUCCCUCCUCCAGGCGCGGCGGCAGUAGCACCUCUCAGGCUGGCAGGGCGCCGCACAUCUGCCGCUGCCCGAGCCUUCCUUCAAGCAUCUUCGCUGCCCACCCCCUCGCCCGCCGCCCAUAAACACGCCACACACUUCACCCACUUAGGACGGUGUGGUGGCGACGGUAGGCAGGGAGGCAUCGCCACGGACUCCGCCUCACCCAGCUCUGUGGAUUCACCCGGCACUGUCACCCAACGCACGGCGGCCUGCUGCAGCGUGUCGCGGGGCUCACCCAGCUAGUCUCGGGCUUGACGAGACUGCACUCUAAGAGGCUUUGUGUGCGUGAGUGUGCUUGUAUCACCAGCGGGCCUCGCAGGGACCCGUCUUGUCGGACGUCGCGCGCCCCGUGAAGUGACCUCAGGACCUCAGGCCACUGACUAGGUCACUGACGUUUUUCCUGCAGAACAAGACCGAGUGCCCUAAAGCGAGGCCGGGAGCUCUCGUGUGACCGCCAAGAUGGCGGCGCGGCGGACCCCUGCCCCGCCCCGUCGGGGCAGGAUGUCCAAGUGCUGCCGCUGUCUAUGCUGCAAAGAGGAAAGCUCCGACGACUCAGACUUAGAGGAGGAGGUGCCGCUGCCCCCGGGCCUCCUGCCUGUGCAGAACGAGGCCAAGGCGCAGGAGACGGUGCCCGUCCACACCCCCACGGCCAGCAGGGAGUGCCUUCUGGAGCAACCCCUACGGGAGCGUCUGCUGCGGCAGCCUCAGCUCAGCGUCAGGAAGCAGCUGUUCUCCAUGACGGGCUGGAACCUUGCCAUCUUCCCGGACAUGGCGGUCAGGGGCACCAGAGAGUUCUACAACAUUUACGCCAUCUUGGAAGUGCGGGCGGUGGGCAAGGGCGAGGUGCAGAUCAGGGGCGUGGACUCCAACCUGUUCCUCGCCAUGUCACACAAAGGGAAGCUCUAUGGAGAGCCUAACGAGCUCAAGGAGAAUACGGUGUGGGUGGAGACGCUGUCGGGCGCCUUCUACAACUACCUGUCCAAGAAGUAUGCGCACAUGGGGUGGUACCUCGGCCUCAAGAAGAGCGGCAAGCCCAAGCGGGGGCACAAGACGGAGUACGGCCAACGGGCGGUGCAAUUCCUGCCGCGCCAUCCUUACCCCAUAGGAUAGGUCACGUCAGGUCAGGACAGGUCACCACAAGCCCACUGUGCCUGCCUGCCCGCCCAUCUGACCUGCCUGUCCUGCGGUGACCUGGUGAUCUGCUGAUGACCAGAUUCGCUCACCUGGCUGACUGACUGGAAGGUGCCUGGAUGUUCAUGGGUAUUUUGAGUUGUGGUGGUGGUAGUGGUGGUGAUUUGGAGGUUGUAGUGCUGGUGGUGGUGGUGGUAGUGGUGGUUUAGAGGUUGUAGUGGUGGUUGUUCUCUUUUCAUCCGUCUGUCAUCACCACCAGGAGUAAAUGUGUGUGUGUGUGUGUGUGUGUGUUUCAAAUACUACUACUAUUGCUGCCAUAAUUUUGUUUUUGAUGUAGAUGGAUAAAUUAAUAUUAUUAUUAUUAUUACUAUUACUAUUAUUAUUAUUAUUAUUAUUAUUAUUAUUAUUAUUGUUUGUUGUUGUUGUUGUUGUUGUUAUUAUUAUUAUUAUUAUUGUUAUUAUUAUUAUUAUUAUUAUUAUUAUUAUUAUUAUUAUUAUUGUUAUUAUUAUUGUUAUUAUUAUUAUUAUUAUUAUUAUUAUUAUUAUUAUUAUUAUGGUUACUGUAAUCAUAAUCAUAUUCAUGUUUAUGUUAUGGCUUUGUGUUUGGUUGUGAGGGAGUGUGUGUGUGUGUGUGUGUGUGUAUGUGUGUGUGUGUGUGUGUGUGUGUGUGUGUGUGUGAGUGUGUGUGUGUGUGUGUAGGUGGUGAGGUCUUGGUGGUAGUGGCGGGCGAGGUCAGGCCAGCAGGUCACGCCGGGGGGCUGGAGUGCCACACUGUUGAGUGGCGCGUGCCGUGCCUCACGGCUGGUUCAUCCCACCCCCGGUACCGGCGCUGGUUGCAUUCUUAUAACACGAACUUGCUUGUGAAGGCGUGGCAGCGGUGAGCGGGAGGCGCCGGUGACCUGACCUCCGCGUCACACACUUCACAGCCUUGGCCUCAGUGGCGGCGGCACGCAGCGGCUGGCACCAGUCAGGUCACCGCGGGGAGUUCCCCAGUGUGUGGUGGCCGCCCCGGGCUGAAGGCGGCGAGGACCAGCGCGGGUAUUCUCAGCACGUUUGUUGUGUUCCCCUAGUGGAACUUUACCAGAAAGUACAGGAUUUGCAUUUACUUAGUGGGCGUCGCGGGGCAGCGGCGGUGCUGCGCGCGACGCCCUGGCACUGUACCUUGAGCAGUUUGCCUUACUGCACCGUAGCACCGUCACACAGGUGUGGUGCACGUAGCCUUUACGGUUUCAGAUAAGUAGAUAGAGUAGAUAGUGUGGACGUCCAUAUGUACCACUGAAUACAUGCUUUUUGGCGCAUUGUGAGGAGGCGUUGGCUGUGGCGCAGCGGUUGUCCGGUGCCCACCCUCCGCUCCUGUACGUUGGACACUCCACUGCUGUGCUCCACUGCCCGGCGGCGGCGCCGACUUGAGGCGACCAGUGGCUGGUGCUGUGUGGCUGAAGUGCAGCACAGGCCGCCUUAAACGUGCACACUUAGUCUUGUAGUGAGUGUUCCGCGCCGCGUUGGAGGUAACGGUGAUUAUAGCAAGUUGAGGCUGUCUGGACGUGACCACAACACAGCUUAACAGCGGUGGCGGCGGCGACGGCGACAGGCGUCUCUGAGCUCCUAAGGGAGGACUGUAGCGCAACCUGCACCACGUGACUGUGGAGACAUCUUUGUGGAGGUGCUUGGCCGCGCCGGGAUGUGGAGGGCGUGGGCGCCAGGCAGCCGCCCUCCACACUGCAGGACAGAGUUUUAUACUUUUUGUAACGAUCCUCUUCUUGACCAGAGUACAAUAAAAUGAGCAUCAGCA